CAUAAUGCGAUGAAAACUAAAAACGAUAAAAAUUAGUAAAAUAGCUCAAUUUGGCAACCCAGUUUACUUGAAAAAAAAAAAACGAAAAAUACGGUGCUUGUUGAUGGUCGGCGGAUAAUUAAAAUUAAAUUCUGCAAAAAAUGCAGUCAUAUCUGAGACUGGAGUGGUCCAAGCACCACCGUCGCUGCGAACAACGAAUGUUGGAAUCUUUCGCUAUCGAUUUUUCCCGAUACGAAGAGGACAUUUUCAACCUGCACAUCAAUGAAACAGAUGCGGUGCACCAGUUGGGAGACACUUUCGAAGAGCCACAGAUCUCGCUGAACCUACCGAUCGAUCCUCGCACCGGGCAGGAAGUUAAGCAGCUCGAAAUUGAUACGACAAAAUCGGUCCAAUUCUAUGAUCACUUUCCCAGCGGAUCCAGACUGUCCCGAGCCGAGCAUCAGCACUGUUUAGCGGUGUUGAAUCGAAUGAACAUGCGGCUGCCUUUCGAUUCACCGGAAGACAGGGAAGCAUACUCACAGUUCUGCAAGAUGUUUGUAAAGCUAGAGACGGAACGUGGUUUGUUUGAAAGUUUCGUUAAAAAUCUCUUCAACACAAAUCUCGUUAGCAGAAAGAGGACGAUACCGCAGGAGCUGAAUACAUUGGUUGUAUCUAUUUGGCGGGAGAAGAUUAGGAAACUUCUGGAAAGUAUACCGGAUAGUAGAUAUUACUUGACGACAGCUGUGAUGUGGCUGAGACACGCUCAAUGUGAGCGAAAUGUGCAAUUUGAGCCGGUAUCGGAUGAGGCCGUGGAGUUAGGUGCAGUUCGACAUCUUUUCACGGAGCAUCUAUUUUCGCGAAGCACUUUGCGAAGGAGUGAUCGUGUAAUGGCUAAGUUUUACGAAGAUCAAAUCAAGAUGCAACAAAUCGAUGAUCCGAAGCUUGUUCGAGGUAUUCUUGAGCAAGAUAAUGAUUUAAGGUUUGUUCUUUCUUCUGGAACUUUUUGUGACUUGUUGGAUAACAUAAAUGAUCAUCAGAGACAAUGGAUGAUUCCGUUUGAAAUAUCUUACGUUGCUGGUAGAAAAGUAAUAUUUUUAGGAAAACAGCUUCAACCCACAAAAAUGUUAACAGGCGAACGAAAUUUAAAAGGCCAUAAAUAUCUAGUCAGAACAUUUACUAAACUUAUCAAGAAAGAUGAGCUUCAACUACCAAUGGAUAAAGCCGAUAAGGUUCAGUUAAGUUCGGCUGAAUUCCAACCGGUCGAAUUUGAUUGUUACAUGAAAAAUAUUGAAGCUAAAUUGCAGCCUACCGAUACUCCUCAAAAAGACAGUUUUCUACGUCUUUGGAAGCUACAAGACGGUGAUGAACAAUACCGAUUCCUGGUUAAAUCGCACACAGAUUUUUACGAAAGCCAUCGUAAAAUUAAGUUCCAUUUUAACAUUUCCAUUAAAAUGGAAUAUCAGGCAGAGUUUGGGGCAGAACAAAUGACCAAAUCUGAACUGAUUCGUGAAUGGACCCGGCAACUUUUGCGGCCCAAUUCGAAAACGCUUCGGCUGCGGAUAAAUCCCGUUAACAGCUCAAUCAUUUCCAAUCACUAUCUCGAGCUCAAGGAUAUCGAGGAGGAGUUGAGGCGAUUGCACAACAUUGAACCGAGGACGCUCAUCACCAGCCUCUGGCAGACUUUGAAGAUUCUGUUGAACUUUCCACCCGGGCGGCAUCUGAUGCAGCACGAUGUGAAGAAUCCGGAAACCGUCAACAUACUUUCGAACGAUGCUUCAAAACCUGCCGAUUCCGGCGCAUCGUUGAACCUGAAGGAAUACUACGCAAAGGUUGAAUUCGAACGGUGCGCAUUGGAGGAGUACGAGUGGAUACCGAUUGAUAGAAAUGUCAUCACCAAAAUGCACCGAGAGUUAACUCUGAUGCCGUGCACCUUUCCUCACUGGCACAAUGUUGAGAGGCUUGUUCCUCGGGAAAGGUUGAAACCAAAACGUCCACCACCGAAGCCGGUUCCACUCGAGGGUAAGAAGAAAAAGUCCCGAGCACAGCGAAUCAGACGAAAGUUGAAAGAACGAGAGAAAAAAGACAAAAAAGAGAAGGAGAAGAUUUUCGUCAAUGAGAUCCAGCAGUCUUUGGAUCAGUACGCUCCCUACGAGGGCCCAUCCAGGAGAAACAGAACAACCGAAGGACUAUCGUCGCCGAUUAACAAAACCUUUGUGAAGGGUGGCACUUUUAAUUUCGGCCCUGAAUCAAACAACUUGCCCGCUAGCAAAAAUCAAACAUUGUGAUACUUUUUUUUCCUUAAAA